GGGUGGAGUCCACCAGUCUUACUUCAGUUCCUUUUGCAUGAAGAGCUCAGAAUUAUAAGAAGGAAACUAACCCUUAAGAUGAACCUCUUAUGUAAAAUUUUAGCCAGCUUACUUCUGAUUUUCAGCUUUUCUCCCAAAGAUGCAGUCCCCAGUGACACCGGGAAUCACAAGGAAGCCUGGGGUGUCUUGGAUCAGGAAGUCAACUUGGACAUUCGUAAGUUUCAGGUGAAGGACCUUGAUGAUAUAAAAUGGGAAAAAGGACCAAGCAAAACCAAGGUUGCACAAUUCAAAAAAGGCAAAGAAUCUUUCCGUCUAAAUGGAACAUAUACAGUACUAGCAAAUGGAACUCUGAAAAUUAAACCUCUGCAGAAAAAUUCUAAUGGUAUCUACAAGGUAACAGUAUACAAUGCAGAAGGGAAAAACAUAUUGGAAGAAACAUUUGAUUUGAAGAUUGUAGAGUUGGUCUCAAAACCAGAGAUCUCCUGGGAUUGUAUCAACAGAACUUUGACCUGCGAGGUAAUGAAAGGAACUGACCCUGAAUUAAAGCUGUAUCAAAAUCAGAAACAUUUCAUGACACGUUCUCAGAGGGUCGUCACACACAAAUGGACCAGCAACGUGAAUGCGAUGUUCAAGUGCACGGCAGAGAACAGAUUCAGUGAGGAAUCCAGUGAGAAAGCCAUCAACUGUCUAGAGAAAGGUCUGGACAUCUAUCUCAUUGCUGGCAUUUGUGGAGGAGGCAUCCUCUUCCUGAUCUUUGUGGGACUGCUCAUUUUCUACAUCAGCAGGAGGAAAAAACAGAACCGCAGGAGACACAAUGAGGAGCUGGAGAUUAAAGUCCACAGAGUAACUACCGAAGAAAGGAGCCAGAAGCCCCACCAAAUGCCAGCCUCUAUGCUUCAAAAUCCAGCGGCUUCCCAAGCACCUCCACCACCUAGUCAUCGUUCCCAGGCACCGGGUCAUCGUCCCCUGCCUCCUGGCCACCGUGUCCAGCACCAGCCUCAGAGGAGGCCCCCUCCUUCGUCCGGCACACAAGUCCAUCAGCAUAAAGGCCCACCCCUCCCCAGACCUCGAGUUCAACCGAAACCUCCCCGUGGUGCUGCAGAAAACAUGUCGUCCCCUUCCUCUGAUUAAAAAACAUAGAGACCUUUCUUUCCAGUAAAAGGCACUGUGGAUUUCUCCACCCCGGGUGUGCACAUCCAUGCUUCCAUCAGGUGUUUUCUCCGAGCAGAACAUUAUCACCUCCCGAUGUUCGUGGGCCAUAGCUACCUCUGCACCUUCCAACUCAGCAUGUGGUCGACAUCUGGGAGGGACAGACAAUAAACAUGUGAUUGUGAGGAUGAUGGGCGACUGAACACAAAAAUCUUAGAGCUCUCUUGUCUCCCUCUCAGCUCAUGUGCAGAUGAGCUAAGCCGAGUGGUGGCUGUGCCCGGGUCUCCCUGCAAGCAGCUUGAGAGACUCUCAGGUUUCUUGUGUGCCCUGGCGGAUACUUGCCCACCGUCCUGUGAGUAGAAGUGAAAUAAAAGCUUUGACUCGA